AUGAGCGAGGGCAUUACAUACAAGCAAGAUCUUCCCCCUCGUGGUGGUUAUGCGCCCAUUCGUUACAAGCGUAACAUGCCGGCCCGUGGUCCAAGUGGUGUCAUGAUGAUCUUUGCGACGAUCGGCAUUACGGCUUUUGGUUUCUACCGUAUGGGUCUUGGUAACGUAGAGAAGCGUGAACUGGCGCGUGAGCGUGCUUGGAGCCGCAUUUACCUGACACCGCUCCUGCUCGCUGAGUCGGACCGUGACGCAUUCCGCCGCAACCGGGCAUCGCAGUUGCGUGAAAAGCUCUUGAUGAAAGACGUGCCGGACUGGGAGGCAGCUGCAGAAACGCCGGCUACAGAGGAACUGCCAAACACGGAAGAACCUGUGUCAGCCCCCCAUGAUGUCGAGGACGAGGCCACGACGACUGCGACACCGAAGGAUCUUGAUGAUGAGGCGGUAGCAAGUGAACAUUCAGAAACAGAUUCGCUGCAUAGCACGUCGGAGGCCUCGACGACGGCCGAUACCGAGCCUGCCUUCCAUAUGGAUGUGCUUGGCGCAAGUAUUCAAGAUAUCUUGCAGAAAGACACACUGAGUGCCAUGGCUGUCUCUUCCAAAUCUAUUGCGAUGGGUAUGCACUCCGGAAUGAUAUACAUCGUUUCGCGAAGUGGCCAUUUGGAGAAAGGAUUCCGGUUUCAUUCAGCCACCGUGUUGGACUUGGUGUUUGACACGACAGGCGACUUUAUUGGGAGUGCAGGAAUGGACGGAAUUGUGGCCAUUGCCUCGUUAACAUCGUCAGAACAAUACCAAUUUGAUUUCCAGCGGCCGAUGCGAACAAUUGCAUUGGAACCGCAAUUCGGGCAUCGAUCUUCGCGUGCUUUUGUGUGUGGCGGCAUGUCGGGCAUCCUUGUGCACCGCGAGAAGCGCUGGUUUGGGCACCGCGAAGUCGUUCUGCAUAGCGAAGAAGGGCCCAUAUGGGCCAUCACAUGGCGUGGCUCAUGGAUUGCAUGGGCAAACGACCGUGGUGUGCGUAUUGCUGAUGCGAUAUCACACGAUGUUAUUACGUUCAUCCCUGCACCCGACGUUGCGCCACGCGCGGAACUGGUGCGCUGCACGCUUACAUGGCGCGAUGAUCAUACUUUGCUUAUUGCGCAGGGCGACCGUAUUACGAUCGCUAGCGUUAAGACACGCGAUGCGCCAGAAGAUCAGGUCCGAGCUGCCAUCCCAUCGGUACCGACCUUGUCAGGCCUCGUAUCCGGUUUAUCAUCCAGCGCUGAUGUCCCAUUGAAGCACUUUGUGGAGAUCACAGACAUCUUCCAGUUGGACUGUAUUGUGGCAGGGGUUGCUUGGAUGUCAGACAACAUUGUGACGCUAUCCUACGUGGUCGACAGUGAUGUCUUGGCAUCGUUGGGCCAAGACGAUGUGCGACUCUUAUCAGGGCAGCCUCCCGAACUUCGUGUGAUUAGCCGCUCGGGUGAUGAGCAGAGCAGCGACGUGUUGGACUUGGCAAACGUGGAUCGAUGUCGAUGCAAUGACUACCAUCUCUGUGUCUCCUAUGAAUGGGUGUACGACAACGUACUGAAGGAAAAAGUACAGAAGCCUGUAUAUUUCCUAGCGAGUCCACGCCAGGUAUGCCGGCUGCGUCCACGCACAGAACAAGAUCACAUUCAAUGGCUCUUGGAGCGUGCUGAGUACCGAGAAGCCCUAGAGGCCCUGGAGGCACUGGGGAGUGGCCCAGCGAAAGCGAUGGGCUUUGAUGUAGCGGCCAUCGGCCGUGAAUACCUCUUGUAUAUGAUGGAUGAGCAUCAUGACUACGAAGGUGCGGCUGAGCUCUUCCCUUUGAUCCUGCGCAAGGAUGCUUCGGCAUGGGAAUCGUUUGUCCUCCUAUACUUGGAGCGCGGGAAAGUGUCGGUGGUGCUACCAUUUAUUCCCACCAGGGACCCGGAGCUUGGCGAAAUGGUGUACGACAUGGUCCUUGUGGCCCUCUUACGAACGGAUGAGGCAGCAUUGUUGGCGACACUGCGUACAUGGCCCGGCCACCUUUAUUCGGCGCAGGCAGUAGCUGCCGCAAUUGAAGAUCGUGCAGAGAACAGUCGUGUAUUGCUAGAAUGCCUGGCACAGCUGUACUUGACUGAUCACCAGCCAAGCAAAGCGCUGUUAUACCUGCUCCGACUUCGUCAUCCGUCUGUGUUUGGCCUGAUACGUGAUAACAAUUUGCUGAUCGAUGUGCAACAGAAGAUUGGGCUGUUGGUUGAGUUGGACCAGGAUUUGGCCGAGACUAAGCAGCCCGAAGAAAGCGUACUUAUAUCACUGCUGGUCGAUCAUACACAUGCAAUUCCUAUUCAUCGCGCCAUGCAGCAAUUGGAGCCGUAUCCCUGGUACCAGUAUCUGUACUUGGAUGCCUUGUUUGAACGAGAUGCCUCUAUGAUUACAGACUAUGCCAACCGACUGGUAUACUUGUAUGCUGAGUACCAAUACCCAAAGCUAAUGCCGUUUUUGCGUGCCAUGAGCUCAGUGUACUCGUUCCAGCGGGCGUACGUGGCAUGUGAGGCGCACAACUAUGUACCAGAGAUGGUAUUCCUCCGCGGUCGCACAGGCGACUUGCGUGGCGCUCUCGACUUGAUUCUCGAUCGGCUGGACGACGUAGAAAUGGCUAUCGACUUUGUUCGCCAGCAGGACGAUAUCGAGUUGUGGGGCGCCCUCUUAGCCCAUGCGCAAAACAAGCCGAACUACAUCCGUGGUCUCCUCGAGCAUGCUGGCGGUGAAAUUAAUCCGGUUCGCAUUAUUCGCCCCAUCGAAAAAGGGCUGGUGAUUCCAGGACUGCGACCGGCUUUGAUCAAAACGAUGCAAAACUUCCAACUACAGAAUUCCCUACUGCACGGCGGCUUGGUCGUAUUGGAACGGGAUGCUCAAGAAUUGGGCCAUCAAUAUACCCAGGCUCUUACGGCUGCGAUGGCCUGUGAUGCUGCGACGGAAUGCACCGUAUGCGGACGUGCCCUACUGCAAAAACCGUUCCAGCGAAUUGUGCUCUUUUUCUGCUGGCAUGCCGCACAUGCGUCCUGUCUCCCAGCAGCGUCAUUGUCACAGUCAGCGUCGCCACGUUCAGUGGCCCGCCAAGGUGCGCUGGUACGUAUUUCAGAGACCACAACACAAUUGGAUGCACGGGCACGUGAGCCUUGGAUUGGUGGAGAUCCACACAUGCCACCUCAGCCAAGGCAGGAUGGGGACGAGGGUGUGACACGGACAUGGAAACAGCUGCGAAGUGAGCAAGCGGAUCGUCAAUCGCUGACACGUGCACGACAACGUCGAGCUGCAGGCGGCGGACACAAUACAGGCUGCCCUACCUGUGCCGCUGACAUGUCAUAUCGGUUGCAAGAUUAG